AUGGUGCACUCCGCACAAUCCCAGAUUUCACACAAGAAGCGGCUCUUCUUUCUACUAGUCUCCCAAGAUGCUCUCACAGGGCGACAUUGCUCAUGUUUCCCAUGCCCUCCUAAGGAGGCUCUGCCCGAGGACGCUAUUACUGAGGCGUAUCCCGAUGAGGUUACUGGCGUCCAUUCUGCCAUGCAAGAGUCCCUUCCCAGUCUCAACAAGCACCCUAAACUCCGCCUUACCCAAUAUUUGUUAGAGAAUGUUUAUUUAUACGAAGAUUAG